AUGGGGUCCACCGAAACUGGCACAUCGAGCCCGCAGAUUGGCUUGUCGAGCGAGCACGUCGGCAUCCUGCGCGACACGCCAGUAGACAACGCUUCUAUCCAGGAGGCUAACCGUCUCCUGCAAAAGAACCACGAAGCAUGGCACAUGUUCUUCCGCGACCGGGCGGGCCACAACCACAUCGCACACUCUAUCCUCACCUGUCUAGCCCUGGGUGGCGCGCCCGAAGAUAUCCAGCGCGCCUACGAUGACGGCGUGGGCAUCCAGCGGCCAAUCCCCGAAGUCGACGCCGCGACCGUCGAGCGACUCGCCGAGGAGGAAUUCUUCUACCAGACGCUGGGAACAAUCACGCAAUACACCUCCUUCCUCGUUUUCUUCCAGCGUCAGAUGGACGAGCACGGCUGGAAGGAGACGGUGAACAAGUACGUCUUCUCGCGCAACAAAGUAGCCGAGAAGAUGCUCGCCCGGCUCUACGAGGGCGCCUAUUAUCCCAUUAUACACCUAGGGCUGGGUAUCGAAUUCCAGCAGCCCAGCAUCAUCGCCGAGGCCCUCGCGCAGGCGGCUGCCCAUGACGACAGCCACAUCAGCACACUUUUCGAGACGUGUGAGGCACAGGCGGGGAUUGCAUACCCGCCCCAGAGCCCUAAGUCGCUCAUCCAGCUCCUCCACGAGACCCGCGCCAAUGAUACCAUCCGGACCGCUCCGCGCUGGGAGGACUUUGGGAACAAGAUGCGCGAUGGCGUCGUCGGUCGCGCAAAUCUGGAAAUGGCCUCCAUUGCCUCCCAGUUUAUCAUCAAGCCCGAGGACUUAGAGGGUCGCACCGCUGAGAUGAUUAGCGUGUGCGCGUAUAUGGCCGGAGCGAGCCAGCGUCCGGACCGAAAGAGGAAGAUCGACUUCUUCUACAUGCACACGCUCACCAGCUCGAUCUUCUUCAGUGUUCUGAUCAAGCAGCAGUGGAUCAAGAUCGAGGACCGCGUGCGGCUGGUCGAGUGGAAGGGGAGGCUGGAUCUGGCCUGGUGUGUUGUGAGUGGGUCGGCGGAGCUGUAUGAAGAUGCGGUGACGGGGUACCACGAUGAUUUCAGUGCGGAGAUGGGGUGGAAGGAGCUAUAUGCUGCCGUAAAUAAGGAGCACGACGAUGGACAUGUGGCUAAGAUGAUCCGCGCGUUGAAGAAUGGACAGGAGGCGUCGCGGUCGUUUGAGGGGGAGUAUCCCGAUGCGUUUCCCGUCAAAGGUAACAUGUGGUUGAAGAUUGCACGCAUGGCGCUAAAUACCACCAAGGAAUGGCCGACUGAUCAAAAGUUUGUGAACUUUACAGGUUUUGAUAUGGGGUGGAAAAUUCGCCCUGAUCUCGCUUAG